AUGCUAAAUGUGGCUCAUAAUGUCCGAAACACCUUUGUUGCCGUUGUCGGCGAAUUUGUAGGGACAUUUCUGUUUCUCUUCUUCGCAUUUGCCGGUGGACAGCUCUCCAACACCCCAAAGCCGGCUGAAGGCGCACCACCAAACACCUCAAAUUUGCUAUACUUAUCCCUGACAUUCGGUUUCUCACUUAUGAUGAACGUGUGGACAUUCUAUCGUGUGACAGGUGGCUUAUUCAACCCAGUAGUGACUUUGGCACUCUGUCUUUGUGGGGGUAUGCAUCCCGUGCGUGGUGUCCUGGUGUUUGCUUCCCAGAUGAUCGCAGGAAUUGCAUCAGCGGGUGUGGUUAGCUGUUUGUUUCCAGGGGCCCUGAAUAUCGGGACCCGCCUUGGUGGUGGUACUUCAAUCUCACAAGGUCUAUUUAUCGAGAUGUUUCUCACAGCCAACCUGGUAUUUGUUGUGAUUAUGUUGGCAGUGGUCAAGCAAAAAUCCACAUUCCUUGCGCCAAUUGGAAUCGGCUUGGUUCUUUUCGUGAACCAACUUGUUGGUACCUACUAUACCGGCUGUGCCCUUAAUCCCGCUCGAGCGCUGGGCCCAGAUGUUAUCAAUCGUAGCUUCCCUGGCUACCAUUGGAUCUACUGGGUCGGCCCUUUACUUGGAUCUCUCCUUGCUUGUGGCUUCUUUGGGUUCCUUAGUAUAUUUCAUUACGAGGCUGUCAACCCAGGUCAGGACUUUAAUGAAUGGGAGGCUGAUAUUCACGGCUAUUACGGAGACAAAAUGGGUCGAGCGUCCGAAGCCCAUUCGGAUACCAGCACCCUUCGUCGCUCGCAUCGCCAGGCUGGGAACAGCCAGUGUACGAGUAAUGAACAUGAAGGCCAGGCUACUGCGUUAGACAACAGCGAUAAUGGCGAAGGUCAGGUGUGA